UUCAGAUUUUGUAUUUUUUUCACUACUUCUUAGUCUUUUUUUUUUUUUUCUUGUGUAAUAUUUUGGGAGAAAAUGACCCUUGCCCUCUUGACUUCCGUCAUGUGUUUCCGGUUGUUUUGAUUUUCCCGCCGUACGGGCUUUCUGUCAUCCGUUCCGGGCUGUUAUAUUUCUGUUCCUAAUGUGGUUUAAUUAAUACGUUUAAUCAAUAUGAGUUCUUCAAACAGCUACAUUAGCUCUUUGGAGCCUAAUGACCGAACCAGGUAUUUUGAGAAAUUAAUGGUAAGUGUCGAAGACGCCGGCGAUAGUUCAAACCCGGAAGUGACUGGUUCGGCGGUGACUGGUGACGGUGUACGCCUACCUGACCCAUACAGUCUGACAGGUUGGAAGGAUGAUUUGAGCCUCUGGCCAGAUACGGACUAUGGGUGCAUCUACACCUACCUAAUCGAGGCUCCAGGUCCGUUUAACGGAGAAGCCAUGAAAGCCUAUAAAUCCCUGGAGGCGUACAAUCUCUUUAUAAGUGGCCAUGUGAGGGAGUGCAGGUACCACCCUAUUGGAAAAAAUGUGAAGGUCUGCUUCCUUAAGGCCAAGGUUGUGCCAGGACAGAGAGUAACAGAGACUCCUCACAACCCAUGGGUGUGUUUGACCAAAAAAGAGGGUUAUGUCAUGGCAGCUCACUGCACUUGUAUGGCAGGGGAGGAGCGACCAUGCAGUUUGUAAUUUGGAGUUAUCAACAGUUCCUGAGAAUUGGGAGAGGUCUGCAGCCAUGUGGCUGCACUGCUGUUCGCAGUGGAGGCCUCCAGGUCUCUUCAGGAAAAACGGACGUCAUGCACCAGCAGAAAGGCCGUGUGGAACAAAUAUUACAAAGAUAAGGUCUGUUCAUAUUUGGGCAUUAUAAUUGAGUAGAAUUUUUUUCAAUGUCUACAAUUUUUUUGCCUAAGUAGACUGUUAUAACUUACAUUAAUGAAUGGAUUUCUUUGCUUCUACAAAAUCAUGUGGCAUUUACAUGUAUCCAAUUCACAAUAUAUAGCCCUACACUAUAGAUUUACAGCAAUAUAGUAGAUGUUCCUAGCCUGGAGUCCAGCCUUGUUGUGCUUUAGUCCACUCCCAACGGUGGCUACCCCGUCAAUGCCAUGGGGUAGCGACCUUUGGGAGCGAACUAAAGCACAACAAGGUUGGACUGCAGGCUAAGAUGUUCCUCUUUGUAAAGUGUAAUAUCUGACAUGGCCACUGUAUAAUGCUUUUUCUCACAUAUAUUAUUGAUAAUUCAUUUUGUGGAUUAUUUCUUUCAGGUUGAUCCACAAAGGGCUGAGGACAUGGACUUUUCGCACCCUAAACAUGGAGUCCAGAUCAAGAAGGCGCGCCGGAAGCCGCAGUGUGAUGUGCCACCACUCAGUGAAGAAGAGGCCGCUUCUGCUUUCUCACAACUGAGGAAGCUGUGUCCCACUGCCAGUGCU